AUGCGGUUGAGAUAUAUACUUCCUUUUGUAGCGGGUUGGAUACUACAGGAAUGUGAGGGAUAUGUGGCGCAGCAGGUGUCUCUGAGGGAUGAUGGGAGGUGUACAAGGACUACAGUGGCUAUUUUAGGGGGAGGAGUAACAGGGAUUACCGCAGCUCAAGCGCUGGCAAAUGCGUCCAUUGAUGAUUUUCUUAUCCUCGAGUAUAGAGAUCGACUUGGCGGUAGAUUGAGGCAUAAGGAGUUUGCAGAAGAUGAGAAUGGGAAUCCGUAUGUGGUUGAGCUGGGGGCGAACUGGGUACAUGGAGUUGGAAUUGGUGUGAGAGAGAACCCUAUUUGGCAACUUGCUAGAAAGCACAACUUGACAGUCACACAUUCCAACUACAGCUCGAUACGCACCUACAACGAAACCGGCUUCAUCGAUUACCGACAUCUCCUGCGCGAAUAUGCCGAGGCCUACCGCACCGCCUCCAAAGAAGCCGGACGCAUCAUGACCGAGAACCUGCAGGAUCAGACCGCGCGGACUGGCCUCGCGCUGGCCGGAUGGCGACCACGGAAAGAUGAUUCGGCAGCGCAAGCAGUGGAAUGGUGGAAUUGGGACUGGGAAUCCGCCCAAACACCCGAUACCAGCUCGUUGGUCUUCGGCCUCGCCGCCGAGAAUAUUACCUUUCAACAAUUCGGAGCACGGAACGAGCUGGUCAUCGAUCCGCGCGGCUACAGCGCCAUCAUCAACGGCGAGGCCGCCACAUUCCUCUAUAGCGAGAAUGGCGAUCCGAGGAUGGAUCCUCGCGUCCGGCUGCAGACACAGGUCACGGAAGUUGGGUACUCCGACAAAGGCGUCACGAUCCGCAACAGCGACGGUAGCUGUGUGGAAGCCGCGUACGCCAUCUGCACGUUCUCCCUGGGUGUUCUGCAGAACGACGCAGUGAAUUUCCGUCCUGCACUACCCGGGUGGAAACAAACCGCCAUCCACAAGUACACCAUGGGCACGUAUACCAAGAUCUUUAUGCAGUUCGAGGAGAUGUUCUGGCCGAACGAUACACAGUUCUUUUUGUAUGCGUCGCCGACGACAAGAGGGUACAUUCCCGUGUUCCAGUCUCUGUCGAUGGAGGGUUUCCUUCCCGGGUCGAAUAUCCUGUUCGUGACAGUCGUGGAUGCAGAAGCCUAUCGGGUGGAGAGGCAAUCCGAUGCUGAGACCCAAGCUGAGAUCCUCGAUGUCCUUCGACAGAUGUUCCCUGCCAAACAGGUUCCCGAGCCGAAAGCGCUCUUCUACCCGCGCUGGUCGGAAGAGCCCUGGGCGUACGGCAGCUACUCUAACUGGCCGGUUGGUACGACGCUGGAGAUCCAUCAGAAUCUGAGAGCGAAUGUACAGCGGCUGUGGUUUGCCGGUGAGGCGACCUCUUCAGCGUAUUUUGGAUUCGCGCAUGGGGCUUGGUACGAGGGGAAAGAAGUCGGAGAGCAUGUUGCUGCGCUGCUGCAGGGGAAGUGUGUUACGUUGCAGGGGCAGAAGGCUUGUGGGGAGAGGAGGCAUUACGAGGUGCUGCAUGGGACUACGCCCUUGGAGGCGUAUAACGCGAUUAAUGGGUGGCCUAUGAGUAGUGUUGAGCUGUAG